GAGUUUAUCAUCGACAUGCGAGACGCAGGUAGGUGGCGGAGGCGUGCCCGCUGGGACGGGGGAUGUGGGUGGCGCUGGGCAGCCUGGCUCAGGGCUGUCCAUCGCCCAGGCUACGGGGGACUCAGCCUGUCCAUCGAGGGUCCCAGCAAGGUGGACAUCAACACAGAAGACCUGGAAGACGGCACGUGUAGGGUCACCUACUGCCCCACGGAACCCGGCAAUUACAUCAUCAACAUCAAGUUCGCUGACCAGCAUGUGCCUGGCAGCCCCUUCUCUGUGAAAGUGACAGGCGAGGGCCGGGUGAAAGAGAGCAUCACACGCAGGCGGCGGGCCCCCUCGGUGGCCAACGUUGGCAGUCACUGCGACCUCAGCCUCAAGAUCCCUGAAAUCAGCAUCCAGGACAUGACAGCACAGGUGACCAGCCCCUCGGGCAAGAGCCAUGAGGCCGAGAUCGUGGAAGGCGAGAACCACACCUACUGUAUCCGCUUUGUGCCUGCUGAGAUGGGCACGCACACAGUCAGUGUCAAGUACAAGGGCCAGCACGUGCCUGGAAGCCCCUUCCAGUUCACCGUGGGGCCCCUGGGGGAAGGAGGAGCCCACAAGGUCCGUGCUGGGGGCCCUGGCCUGGAGAGGGCUGAAGCUGGAGUGCCAGCCGAAUUCAGCAUCUGGACCAGGGAAGCCGGCGCCGGGGGCCUGGCCAUUGCCGUCGAGGGCCCCAGCAAGGCCGAGAUCUCCUUUGAGGACCGCAAGGACGGCUCAUGUGGUGUGGCCUACGUGGUCCAGGAGCCAGGUGACUACGAGGUGUCGGUCAAGUUCAACGAGGAGCACAUCCCUGACAGUCCUUUCGUGGUGCCUGUGGCUUCUCCGUCCGGCGAUGCCCGCCGCCUUACUGUUUCUAGUCUUCAGGAGUCAGGGCUAAAGGUCAACCAGCCAGCCUCUUUUGCAGUCAGCCUGAACGGGGCCAAGGGGGCGAUUGAUGCCAAGGUGCACAGCCCCUCGGGAGCCCUGGAGGAGUGCUAUGUCACAGAGAUUGACCAAGAUAAGUAUGCCGUGCGCUUCAUCCCACGGGAGAAUUGGAUCUACCUGAUUGAUGUCAACUUCAACGGCACCCACAUCCCUGGAAGCCCCUUCAAGAUCCGAGUGGGGGAGCCUGGGCACGGAGGGGACCCAGGCAUGGUGUCCGCCUAUGGAGCGGGCCUGGAAGGCGGCGUCACAGGGAGCCCGGCUGAGUUUAUCGUGAACACGACCAACGCGGGAGCUGGCGCCCUCUCGGUGACCAUUGACGGGCCCUCCAAGGUGAAGAUGGAUUGCCAGGAGUGCCCCGAGGGCUACCGCGUCACCUACACUCCCAUGGCACCCGGCAGCUACCUCAUCUCCAUCAAGUACGGCGGGCCCUACCACAUUGGGGGCAGCCCCUUCAAGGCCAAAGUCACAGGCCCCCGUCUCGUCAGCAACCACAGCCUCCACGAGACGUCCUCAGUGUUUGUGGACUCCCUGACCAAGGCCACGGGCGCCCCCCAGCACGCCACCGCGGGCCCGGGCCUUGCCGACGCCAGCAAAGUGGUGGCCAAGGGCCUGGGGCUGAGCAAGGCCUACGCGGGCCAGAAGAGCAGCUUCACGGUGGACUGCAGCAAAGCAGGCAACAACAUGCUGCUGGUCAGGGUGCACGGCCCGAGGACGCCCUGCGAGGAGAUCCUGGUGAAGCACGUGGGCAGCCGGCUCUACAGCGUCUCCUACCUGCUCAAGGACAAGGGGGAGUACACGCUGGUGGUCAAGUGGGGCGACGAGCACAUCCCGGGCAGCCCCUACCGCGUCCUGGUGCCCUGAGCCCGGCGCCCCCGCCGGCCAGUGCCACCAGGACGAGAAGUGUCCCCCACCCACACCUGCUCUCCUGCCCGAGCAGCCCCCCGACCCCUCCCCCAGGCUCUCCCCCUCCUCCCGCCCAGCCCUCUGGCCUGCCCUGGCCACCCUGUCACUGCAGCGGCCCCUGCCCCGCGCUGCGCUCACCUGCCUCCCCGGCUGGCCUCUUGGCUUUCACUUGGGCAGAGGGAGCCGAUCGGUGGCGCCGCCUGUCUUCUUGGGUUCCGGGAGGGGAGGGCGUAGGGGUCCUGGCCACGACCGCCCACUAGUUUUCUCCCCCAGCCAAGAGGAAU